AGUUACUUUAAAGCACCAAGAACAAGUCUGGGUUCUGUCAGAGUAGGCUACAUCUAUCGUAUUAUUUGGCUUAGCCAACUGGCCUUAGCAUCCAAUGAAAACGAACUUUAUUGUUCACAGAAGUAGACAGUGGUCGCUCCGCGGAUGGAUUGAAAUGGCACAGCUGCACUACGAGUCUUUAUGUCAGAUUUUUUUUAGAUUUCGCAUUUUCAGGUUGAUUUGUUUUACUUCCAGGAUAACACAUUGAGGAAUUAUCUGCUUUUCUGUAUAUUCACAAGAAGUAAUGUAAGAUAAACGGUUAAUAACAAAUACUUGCCGAUUAGAAAUAGGCCGCUUUGAGCCUCGGGUUUUCGUAGGAAUUCCCACCGCCAUGGAACUCUUGGCUCUGCCGCAGCCUGUGACAAUUUGCAAUCGGUGUCACAUCAUUGUUAACACAGUGCUUCAGGUGUGAUUCCUCAAUUCCUCUUUGACGCCUCAGUUCAUCAGCUGGAGGAACACCACUGUUGCCACAAAAUCUUCAGAAUCGUGUUUGGCGACCUGUUUAUUUAGGAUUUGCAAAAAUUCAGAACUUCAGUUUGCUUUGAGAUUAUAGCAGUCUGUGAACAGAACACCAGAAUAUCAUCCGGACAGCAUGGCUUCAGUUCCGGUAUACUGCUUGUGCCGACUUCCCUAUGAUGUAACACGCUUUAUGAUUGAGUGUGAUGUUUGUCAAGACUGGUUUCAUGGAAGUUGUGUUGGUGUAGAGGAGGACAAGGCUGCAGAGAUCGACCUCUAUCAUUGUCCCAAUUGUCAGGUUUCACAUGGCCCCUCUGUCAUGCGGAAGCGACGUGGGGCUCACAAGUCCGAUGUAGGCGGUGGAGUGAGGGAUCCAAGCCGACCAGUGAAGACCGGCAGUGCCCAGUUUGUGAGGGAGUUACGGAGCCGCACGUUCCCAAAUGCGGACGAGAUCCUGCUGAAGCCGACUGGGGCCCAGCUCACAGUGGAGUUUCUGGAGGAGCACUCCUUCAGUGUCCCCGUCAUGGUCCUGAGGAGGGAUGGUCUGGGCAUGAGCCUGCCCCCGUCAUCAUUUGCUGUCAGCGAUGUGGCGCACCACAUUGGUGGUGACAAGGAGAUUGAUGUGAUUGAUGUCUGCCGCCAAGCUGACCUAAAGAUGAGACUUGGGGAUUUUGUUGAGUACUACAACAGCCCCAACAGAGACAGAGUGCUCAAUGUGAUCAGCCUUGAGUUCUCAGAGACCAAGUUGUCUAACCUGGUGGAAACCCCAAAGAUAGUACGGAAGUUGUCGUGGGUGGAAAACUUGUGGCCUGAAGAGUCUGUGUUUGAGAGGCCCAACGUGCAGAAGUACUGCUUGAUGGGUGUGAAGGACAGCUACACAGAUUUCCACAUUGACUUUGGAGGAACCUCUGUGUGGUAUCAUGUUUUACGAGGUGAGAAGAUCUUCUACCUAAUCCGUCCCACCCCUGCCAACCUGGCCCUGUUUGAGCGCUGGAGCUCGUCGUCCAAUCAGAACGAGAUGUUCUUUGGCGACCAGGUGGACAUGUGCUACAGGUGCUCUGUCAAGCAAGGAAACACGCUCUUCAUUCCAACAGGUUGGAUCCAUUCUGUUCUCACACCUGUUGACUGCCUAGCCUUUGGGGGCAAUUUCCUUCACAGUCUCAACAUUGAUAUGCAGCUUCGUGCUUAUGAAAUUGAGAAAAGGCUGAGCACUGCAGACCUGUUCAGAUUCCCCAAUUUUGAGACCGUUUGCUGGUAUGUUGGUAAACAUCUUCUGGACACAUUCAGAGGUUUGAGAGAAAACAGACGCCAUCCUGCCAGUUAUCUGGUCCAUGGAGCCAAAUCUCUGAAUAACGCCUUCCGGACCUGGACACGUAAAGAGUCGCUGACUGAGCAUGAAGAUGAAAUUCCGGAGACCAUAAAAACGCCGCAGCUGGUUAAAGACUUGGCAAAAGAGAUUCGACUGGUUGAGGAUAUCUUCCAGCAAAACCCGGGUCGUGGUGGAGUCCCGUACCCUGGCCCACCGGGUUUCCAGUCGCCUCACCCCAAAGCCCAGGUGUCCUCCCCUCCAAACUCGGGGCGGCCCCCAGGUAAAAAGAGAGGUCCUAAGCCCAAAGACAUGCCCAUGGGUGGAGGCGUGAGCUCCCCAAGUCCCAAGAAGAAGAGCCUGAAGAAGGAGAUCAAGACGGAGGCAGGAGAGCUGGACCUUCUGGAGAUUCACACCAAACACACGCUCAAGAAGUUUCAACCCGGAAAUAAAGCCAAGAGCAAGAACAAGUUGGAGCUGCCUUCAGCCUGUCUGGAUGAUUUUGAGGGCAAACUGAACAAGAGCAAGCUGAAGCUGGUGUUGACCAAUGGCAAAAUACAAGGGAAGAAGGGAGGUCGAGGGGGGAGCUCAAACGGAGACAAGCGUGUCUCCCAGUUCCAGCCGCUGCUGCCCAGCUCGGCUCUGUCUGACAUGGACUCGGAGGAUGAGCUGCAGAUAGACGAGUCGCCGCCCCCUCGUCGCAAAGCAACCCCCAACAAAAAGAAACUAGCCGCUGUGGGACUUCCCAGGAAACUCCCGCGGGCUAAGCCUUGCUCAGACCCCCAUCGUGUGCGCGAGCCCGGCGAGGUGGACUUCGAUAUCGAGGAGGACUACACCACGGAUGAGGAGACUCUGACAAUGCAGGCAAUGAAGGGUGGAGCUGGGGGGAUUCUGGACCUACUCAAAGCCAGCAAACAGGUGGCUGGCUUGGACUCUGCUCUCAGUGAGGAAGCUCCUGCCUCUCCCAGCACACGAGAUGCCAUUCAGGGCAUGCUGUCCAUGGCCAACCCUCCCUCCUCUUCCUCUUCCUCAUCCUCCUCAUCCUCUCCACUCUCGGUGUCCGGCGGAGCCGCCGAGGGAAUGCUGAAGGAGAGGGGCCGGGCCACCUGGGUGGCGGGUGGUCCCAAGAAGAGCGACAAGAAGGCCGUGGUCCAGCGGCCGGGGAAGCGCCCGAUCAAGCGCCCAGCCCGUCACCUCAGUGACGACGACAGCCCUGACGAGCAGGAGACUCUGGGGACCUGUUUUAAGGACUCCGAAUAUGUGUACCCCUCCCUGGAGUCUGAUGAGGAUGACCAUGCCUCAAAAGCAAAGAUGAAAAGGAAGAGGAAUUGGGACGACUCGCCCUGGAGUCCAAAAGCCCGUGUGACCCCGACGCUGCCCAAGCAGGAGAGGCCGGUUCGAGAGGGAGUGAGGGUGGCGUCUGUGGAGACUGGCCUGGCGGCCGCUGCUGCCAAACUGGCACAACAGGAGCAUCAGAAGACCACUAAGCGGAAAUACACCAAAAAGCGCCCGCCUGCUCCACCGCCGGCUCCGCCCCAAGCGGCCCCGUCUCCCCCGUCGCCCCUGAUGCCCAGUGAGCCCCCGCCCGAGGUGGUGCAGGAGGACCGCAGGCUAGAGGCGUACUCGGCCAGCCUCCUGGACCACGAGUACACGGCGGGGCCCGGCCCCUUUGGCCCCGGGGGGCCGAGAGGAAGUGCUGCCAUGGCGCCGGGAGUCUUCCUCACGUCCAGAAGGCCCUCGCUGUCCCCACAGAACAGCAGCAGCUACUCACCCUCUGCCCCGUCCCCGGCUGGCCAGACCAGCCCCGGGGCUUCUGGAGGAGGACAAGGGAAGCGUCCAAAGAAAGGACUUGCCACAGCCAAGCAGCGGCUGGGGAAAAUCCUGAAAAUCCAUCGAAACGGCAAGCUGCUCCUGUGAGAGGGAAGCUACAGCAAGAGAUGGAACCAGUGGAAGAUGGGAGGAUGAGAGAGCGAGAGGGAGAGCGAGAGAGACAGACAGGAAGGGACAAAAAGAGGACAGACAGAUUUAAAACAAGAAAAUGGAGCGAAGCAGUGAUGCCUGGUUCCACUUCAGCUGUGAUGAACAAAAAAAAAAAAAAACAGAAAUGUACAUUAUUCUGCCUGAAAGAGGCUGUGACUGUAAACGGUUGGGAGAGGAGACUGCAAGCUGAGCAGAGCGUCGCUGGUAUGAAGCAUGAGACUGAGUGACUGAUGUUCCGUAUUUGUACAUUUCUAUGUCAUCCAUGACUCAUUCCUCAAAUCUUUCAGUGCUCACAUUUUUAUCAUAAGUAACAUCCCAUUGGUUUUUGAUAAGGGGGGGGGGGGGUUG